AUGGUGCUUCGAAAGUCCAACGACCCCGACGACGUCGUGCCAGCGCCACUGUCCAAAGCGGUUCCCCCGUACCCCACGACGCCUUCUGACGAGCAUCCGCCCCCGUUUCCCGUAUCUCCAGACAUCGCCGUCGACCCGCCCAGCACGAGCAAGUCGCCAGCCUUCAAUAUCAAGACGCCAGAAGAGACCCGAUUGCCUGAUGAUAAAUAUAAUAGCGACUCAGACUUUAGCGAGGACGAGUGGAAUCAGUCCGAUGACGACUUUGAAGAUGUCAACCACAACGACGUGCCUGCUGCACUGAAGCCUGCCAGAGGGAAGAUGCCACCUGUACCUACAACCACACACAACAGCGACGGCCUUCCCAAUGCUCUGCGACCCGGGCCACCAGCAGGGAUACCCAUCAAGCGAUCGCAGGAAAACAUCUCAUCUAUGCCUACUGGCGCCAGUGCGGCAUCCUACGGUGCUGCCAGCACUGUGUCUGAGCAGUCAAACGGAUCAAUUCCAUUGAAGACCAACAACCCAUACCUGAAGAUGCAGACAACUGGACAAAGCAGCUGGGAUGGAGAGAGCAGUCAGGCUAUUUGGGGCGAUGCGCCGAGCCAGGCCCAAAAGUACGAUGCGCCUGUAGAGCUUCCAGCGUUUCAGACGCCAAGUACUCCCUCUCACGAGAUGAAGAACCUUGGAUUGGAGGACCAUGCUCCGCCUGUGAAGUCGGUCCCAGCAGAAGUGCCACCUGCCAUUGCGGUGAACUCACCUACUCCUCGGUCAGAACACCCAGAGGCUUCAUUCGAUACAAACCCAUGGGAGCCCGUCUCACACGAUGGCCGUGCUGAAAAUGGACCCUGGACGGCACCCCCAAGCGAUGAAGUUAUCCCUAAGACAAGCCCCAAUACUGCACCUGCACCCAUCAUCCCGGAUAAUUCGCAUACUUUAGAGCAGACAUCUCCUCCACCCCACUACACGCCGGACGAGACGCCGCCCGUCUCCGAAGAACAUCCACCUGCUCUGCCACCAAGAAGGUCACAUGAGGAAAUGGCACCCGACAUGCCUCCUAGACCCAUUGAUACGGGUGCAGGCUCCUCAAUUGCGCCUGGCCCGGAAUCGCCGAACACGAGGAUGGACAGGCAGAGGAAGGAACACUACCAAAUCAAGCACAUUCGAUGGCUCGACCACAACAUUGAGGACAUGCGGGUUUCGCCUAUCUUAACACAAAACCUCAACGGGCCUUGUCCUUUGCUGGCCCUGGUCAACGCACUGGUCCUUUCAACCCCUGCCAGGCUCGAUACUGCUUUGGUCGAGACACUACGCACACGCGAGACAGUCAGCCUGGGAUUGCUGCUCGAUGCUGUGUUCGACGAGUUGAUGUCUGGCCGACGAGGCGACGCUGCGCAAGCCCUGCCUGACGUGAGCGAGCUGUACAAGUUCCUCCUGGCUCUUCACACAGGUCUCAAUGUCAACCCCAUGUUCGUCCCUGACUCAAACAUCCCGAGUGACCACGCUACGCUUACGAAUCGAGCUGGAGCUUUCGAAAACACCCAAGAUAUGAAGCUCUACCGCACUUUCAAUAUCCCGUUGAUGCACGGAUGGCUACCGGAGGCUGGAACUGAUGCCUAUGUUGCAUUCAAUCGCGUAGCGCCAUCUUAUGAAACCUCACAGUUUGUUCAGUUCCAGGAAGAGGAGCUGAAUGCAAAGCUAAGCUCCGGCGAGUCUCUGAACGAAGACGAGCAACAGAUGUUUACGGAUAUUCAUGCCAUCAAGGAGUUCCAGAUGCGAUGGCCAACACAGCUGACUGAACAUGGUUUGAAGGUCAUUCGUGAUAACCUUCAGCCUGGUCAAGUCGCUAUCCUAUUCCGAAACGACCACUUCUCCACUCUCUGCAAGAACCCCCGCAACGGCGAACUCGUCACCCUCGUCACAGAUCAGGGCUACUCAACUCACGAUGAGAUCGUCUGGGAGUCUCUCACUGAUGUCAAUGGUCAGGGCAGUCAGCUCUUCUCCGGCGACUUCCGCUCCGUGGAUAACAGCAACACCUCGGUAAUGCCACAAGAACAACAGCACGAUAUCGACAAUGGCCAAGGCUGGACAACCGUCCCAUCCCGUCGUGGCAACCAACAAUCCGGUAUCACAGCACAGGAUGCCGAGCCUACUGACCUCAGCAGAGCCGAGCAAGAAGAUCAUGAUCUUGCCCUCGCCCUGCAGUUACAAGAAGAAGAAGACGACCGUCAACGUCGCGAGACUGAACAACGAAAUCGUAAUAACCAAGCGCCACCCCAACCACCAAGGACUGGACAGGCGCAAACAGGCGCACCAGUGAUUCCUCCGCGGAGGAACAACAUCACAGGUCACCGUCCAGCAGGCGAACCCGCUCCUCCUCCUCUAUACGAAGAAGCUGUGCAGACUCCUCAAUACAAUCCGCCGGCAGGUCAUCCAGCCAACCCUCAAGCUCCUAUCCCUGGCCAGGGUAGUGCGUAUCAGACUACGAGUGGGGGGCUACCUCCGCCUCCUGGUUCUGGUGGGAGAAGACAUGGAAGGCCGGGGGGUAGCUUUGGUGGAGGGAGGAGACCGAGUCAUGGGCAGGGACAAGGCCAAGGGCAGGGAGAGGAUAGGGAUAAGUGCGUUGUCAUGUAG